UUCUGGACGGUCAAUAUUAAGUUCAGUGGAGCCAGGUAACGAAAAGAUAUCCUGGGUAUGUUGAACUUGCUUCGUAGUACAGGCCUCCGGUCAAUUCCUGGAUUUUAAUGAAGGGUUGGAUUAUUUGCACAGAAACGGAGAAGAUGAUCUGCAGGAUCCUUCUGCUCAUCAGCCUGACCUCCUGUGUCUGUGGAACAUUUGUAUUGAACGUGACAGAGACCUCCUACCAGGCAGAGGAGAACCACAACAUCACACUGGAAUUGAUGUUUACAACCAAAACUGACAGUUCCUCCACUGUAUCUAUAAUUAUUUGUGAACUGUUAACUGAUGUUAAACCCUUGGUCCUGUAUCAUCUAUAUGAGGGUGUUGAGGUCUCAGAGUCUCAGGAUGGACAGUUUGCAGGACGAGUUCAGUGUGACAAAGACGCCCUCAGAGAAGGACGAAUCAGACUUCAUGUGUCCAGAAUCAGGAUUGAUGACUCGGGUCUGUACCAGUGUGGAGUGAGAACAAAUUAUGGUUGGAACAGAGGAAAAUGCCGGCUCAAUGUCACUGCAGCGAGGGAUUGGCCUGAACCUGAGAUACCAAACACAGCGAGUCGGGAAAGGAUCGGCCUCUACUGUGUACUGGGACUGACAGCAGCAGCUAUAUCUGUACUGGCUGUUUAUUCAUUCACUCUCUGCCUGUUAAACAAGAUUUAUACUCGGUCCAGUGGUGGAUUUCAGAAAACUGACAGUUUAGCAGAUGGAUCAGAGGAAACAGUUUGAUUCAAUUUUAUACCAAAGAAACAGAACAUACUAGUUUCCCAUUGGCUGGCAGGUAACCAUAGCAACAACAUUGAUGCUUCAUGCACUUAAAUCACAAACUGUAAAAACUAAUAAUGGUUAAAACACAUCCUGCCUUGAUUUUAUGAUUUCUGUGAGUGUUGGGACAUGCUGGACACUUACACAUUGAUUAUGUAUGUAUAAAGAGGAUGAACAUAAAGGUAAUUAUUUAAGUUGUGUAUGAUGGACACCAGGGUGUUUAGUUGGACUAUUCAUGUUAAACAUUAAGUCAUGUUAAGAGAUGUAAUGUUGAUGGUAUGUCAAUAUGACUGUCAACAGAUCAUUUUCACUGUCUAUUUUUGAUGAGAAAAGCCUCACACAGGAAAGAAUAGGCAACACACCAAAUCUCUAGAUGAUGCACAGCUGCAGUUACGCCUGAGCUGUGCGGCUCAGGUGCUACCAGGUGUGCUCCUGUCAGUUCCCCUGACCACUGGUGCUGGCAAAACAACUGGAGUUGGUUCCUGAGCGCGGCACUGCGGCUGCCCACUGCUCCUAGUGUAGAGGAUGGGUCAAAUGCAAAGGUCAAAUUUCGUUUCAGUGUAUGUGAGUGCUGAGACAAAAAAGAAAUCUUGAUCUUAACACAACCAUCUGACAGUCAUCCUUAAUGAGGACUUAUUGUGCUAAUUAGGAGUUCCAAGCUCUUGUCAAAUAAUAUUUCUCAUCUAUUUAGGGUGUAAGGUUUCCAAAAUCUAAUUUAACAAUGCAUUGCCUUUCCUCAUGUACAGUUUAUAAUGUGUACAUAUUGUCAAUA